UCUUACUCCGGCACACGAGCAUUGCGAGGGUGGACGCCGCAGGGCCUGCACAACCUGCCAGACGUUUUAAUUAGAGUUGUAGUGGAGAAACGAGGCGAAAAUGAGCGAUUACGGAUACACCGAUUACGGCAACAGGGGUAUGAGAGAACAACGGAGACGAAGGGAGAACUGGGAAGAGGAUUUUAACGAUGGAGGAAGAUCCGCCGUGCAACGAUUGGACAGCAUACAGGAUCCUGGAAAACGUUACCUUCUCAGAGAUUGCAUAGGAUCCGGUGUAUGCGGCGACGUUUACGAGGCGAUCGAUCGACAAGCCGAAAACAAAAGAGUGGCGGUGAAGGUGCAAAAGCUCACUCCCGAAUCGGAAUCCAUGAUCCUCGAGGAGUACAGAAUUCUUCGAGAUUACACGUCUCAUCCGAAUCUGCCGGAUUUCUAUGGUAUAUAUCGCAGAAGAUCCGGAAAGAAGACCGAAUACGAUCAAAUAUGGUUCGUGAUGGAGCUUUGCGACGGUGGAACCGUGAUGGAUCUCGUGCAAGGCCUUCUAACCAUGAACAAGAAAAUGCGCGAAGAACACAUAAGCUUCAUCCUCAAAGAAGUGAUACAGGCGAUGAUUUAUCUGAACGAGAACAACGUGAUGCACCGUGACAUACGUGGCAGUAAUAUAUUACUGACCAAAGAGGGAGAGAUAAAGUUGGUCGAUUUUGGCCUGUCGAGAACGUGCCAAUCUGAAAUAGGAAAGAGAUACACUUGCGUAGGAUCGCCGAGUUGGAUGGCGCCGGAAGUCGCCAUGAGUAAAGGGAAUAACACCGAGGGAUAUGGAAACAGGGCCGAUGUCUGGGCAAUAGGAAUCACGGCGAUCGAGUUGGCCGAUGGAAAACCACCGUUUCAAGAUAUGCAUCCUACCAGAGCGCUCUUCCAAAUAAUACGAAAUCCUCCUCCGACUUUGAACAGACCGUCCAAUUGGUCCCAAAAUUUCAACGAUUUCAUUGCCGAAUGUCUCGAGAAGAAUCCUGAAAAUAGACCGUUCAUGGGGGAAAUAAUCGAACAUCCUUUCUUAACAGAUUUAUCCGAUAACGAUUUUCUGUUAACGAAAGAGAUCAAGAUAUUAAUGAUGGACGCGUGUGAGAAAGGUAAACAGGAAAGAAAAUUGGAAAUAUUAGUUCGAAAGGGUUUCCUGAAGACUCAUCAAACCGAUCCUUUGGAGCCUAUGUUCAUGGAAGAUCUGGCCGCGCUCGAAACUCUCACGGAAGACGCGAUCCUGGACGAAUUGCACGAAAGAUUGCGGCAAGGCUAUUACCACAGUUUCAUUGGAGAUAUACUUUUAAUUUUAAAUCCGAACGAGCAACAAGACAUUUAUGGAUCCGAUUUUCACACAAAAUAUCAAUUCAAAUCGCGGUCGGAUAACGCGCCUCAUAUAUAUUCCGUGGCAGAUAGCGCUUAUCAAGACGUGAUGCACAACAAUGAGGCUCAACACAUUCUAUUCGCAGGCGAGAGUAAUUCGGGAAAGACGACUAAUAUGAUGCAUCUGAUUCAACAUCUGAUGUAUUUAGGGAAAAGUUUGCAAGAUAUUGGAGGGAGAUUUAUACGUGCGAUUAAAAUAAUUCAAGCUUUCAGCAAUGCCGCCACACCUUUAAAUCCUAAUUCGACCAGAUGCGUGCUUCAAGUGCAAACCACGUACGGAUCGUCCGGGAAAGCCUCGGGCGGCAUAUUUUGGUUGUAUCAGUUGGAAAAAUGGCGCAUUUCUAUACGCGACAGGAAUCAAUCGAAUUUUCACGUGUUGUAUUACUUUUACGACGGUAUGGACGCCAUAAAUAAGUUGAAACAAUAUCAUCUACCGCCGGGAAGAAGGAUGAGAUAUCUGAGAAUAAGCGAGAAGGGGACUGAAAGAAAGCGAUCGUUCAAAGUUCGAAAUGAUCCGCGAGGAAAUGUGGUCAAGUUCGAGGAGUUUAAAGAGAGUUUAAAGAUCUUGGAGAUGGAGGAGCAUUGCGAAAUGAUCUGGAAAGUAUUGGCAGCCAUUUUGAUCCUAGGAGAAAUUCGUUUCAUCGAAGAUAAUAAUGGAGAGGCUGAUAUGGACAAUAAUGACGCGGCUAACAAAGUCGCUGAGCUGCUUAAUUUAGACGAGAAGAAAUUUAGUUGGGCGUUGCUUAAUUAUUGCAUGAUCGUGAAUGGAAACGCAGUACGUAGGAAGCACACUUACGAAGAAGCGAAAGAAGCAAGGGAUGUAUUAGCUAAUACGAUAUAUCAACGAUUGGUCGAUUGGAUCGUGAACACUAUCAACGUCAAAUUUACGUUGACACGUUCCUUAUUCGGUGAUAAAUACGCGAUUAACAUGAUGGAUCUCUUCGGAUUCGAAUGUUUUGCGACAAAUCGACUCGAACAAUUGGUGGUGAACACCAUGAACGAACAGAUGCAGUGUUAUUACAACCAAAGGGUGUUCGCUUGGGAAAUGCAAGAACAAGAAGAAGAGGCUAUACCUAUGCAGCGUUUACAGUUUUACGAUAACAAGAAUGCGAUAGACAAUCUGAUGGGGAAAGAUAGAGGUUUAUUCAGCAUAAUCGAUGAAGCGUCGAAAAACAUGCUCGAUUAUACACACGUGAUAAGCAAAAUUCAAAAUCGGGCAGGCAAUGUUUACGUAAAAGUGGUGAGUUCCCAUGAAUUUACCGUCGCUCAUUACACAGGGAAAUUGAUCUACGACGCUAGCGAUAUUGCCGAGAAGAAUCGUGACUUUCUCCCUCCGGAGAUGAUCGAAACUUUGAGGCAAUCGGCCAUCGGAACCGUGAAAGAAAUGUUCACGAACAAACUGACCAAGUCUGGCAAUUUGACCAUAAUCAAUGAACAUUCGAAUCUUGAGGAAAAGAAGACGAACAAAAGCAAAUGGAGCACGGUUAUGCAGGAAACAUCGAAACUAAGGAGAUUUAACACCACGUCCCGAGGCCAAUUCUCCCAGAUACGGAAAAUGAGAACUUGCGCGGCUACCUUUAAAUCCACCAGCCUUGAAAUCCUUAAGAACCUUUCGAUAGGAGGCGGAAGCGGUGGUAUUCAUUUCAUCAGAUGCAUAAGAUCAGAUCUCGAAGGGACGCCUCGUGGAUUUUAUCGAGAGGUCGUUAGACAACAGAUCAGAGCGUUGGCGGUUCUUGACACUGCCAAAGCCAGACAACAUGGUUAUCCCCAUAGAAUAACUUUUCCAGAAUUUCUUCGAAGAUAUCAAUUCUUGGCGUUCGAUUUCGAUGAAACCGUAGAAAUAACUAAGGACAAUUGUCGAUUGCUAUUGAUCAGAUUAAAAUUGGAAGGUUGGAUAAUUGGAAAGACUAAAGUAUUUUUGAAAUAUUACAACGAGGAAUAUCUUUCGCGCUUGUACGAGACACAAGUGAAAAAAAUAAUAAAGGUUCAAUGCAUGAUGAGAGCCUUCUUAGCGCGCAAAAACAUGGCGUCGAAGAUCACGUCCAAUGUAAAAAAAGAAAUUGUGAAGAAAGCGUCUAUAAAGGAAAAGAAGACGAUGGAGCUAACGGAAGAAGAGGCAGCUGUAGUUGUUCAGAAAGUGUACAGGGGACAUUUAGUAAGAGCGGAGAUGAAGCCUCUUUUGACGAAGGAGAAGAUGAGUAUGCAAAUGAUAGAUAUGAUGAAGUUUUACAGCAGCAAAUGGAGAUCGAAGAGCAUAUUUCAAGUUCUUCUACGGUACCGUGCAGCCCGAUAUCAAGACCUCGUGCAAUUUUCGCAACAAGUGCAUCUGUUCAAUCAAGCGAUAAUAGUAUCUCUUGUGACGACGAAUAAAGAAAUAUCCAUAGAUAAAGUAAAUACUAAUAUUUCGCCAUCCACGUACUUGGGCCAAAUGAGAUUACCCGAAGUACACAAGUUACCUUUCAACUUUAAUUCCGAGUUACCUUUUACUUAUUCAAAUAAAGGAAUGAAAAAUGUUGGAUACGCGUCGUCAUUGGCAUCUGACGAAGAGCACGAAGCUUGGGACGCGCCAUUACAAAGACAUACAGUGCCUUGGGCCACCAGGAACAGUCGUACCAAAGACGUUGAAGUUCAAACGACGAACUCGCCACAUCGUGUACAUUCGAACAUCGAGGGACAAGAUCUGAUCGACACUCCGUUUUCCAGAGAUCCGAAUGUUUCGAUCCGAUGUCCACCCGAUGCGUUGUCCCAAAACAGAAUGGAUGACUCAGGAUAUCAUUACGCUUCAAGAAGCAUUACUCCCGUGCCACCCGCUAACGCUCAUAAUCCUCGCUCAAAUUACGAUAGUAUCGGAUCGAUACGCUCUAGAAAACACGCACCGCCUCCACCUGUACCGUUCAAUCAACCACAGCCACCCCUCAUACGUAGCACUGACAAUUAUAGCUCGAAUAUUCGAAGUAAAAGCAACGUAGAUACCGCUACCUAUAAUUGGGAAUACGAAAAUAAAACUAGCAAGAGUAACAACGGCAAUCCUAAUCGUAUCAAUCCGAUUCAAGAAUUGCAAAUGAUAGGUCGUAGAGAUAACUAUAACUAUAACGAGGACACCGAUGAACCGCCGUUCAACUUUCAGGCAAUGUUGAGAAAAACGUCUUAUCGAGCAUCGUUGAAGCGUCCCUCCGUCUUCGAGAGUCAUUCUCAUUCACCGUCACCACUGCCAAGUACGGGAUAUCGUGGAAAUCGGGAGAGCGAAUCGAACAUCGUAUAUAAAAGCGGAGGUAGUCGUAGAGAUUCUCUCGAGUGGAGUCCCAACGAAAUGGUCCAAAUGUCUGAGAAAUACGCGAAAGAGGCUGUCUGGGGUGAGGAUCGAUCGGGCAUCGGAGGUGGUAACGCGCCCUCGGAAAGUGUGACCGCGGAGAUCGCACCGGGAAUCGUUAUCGAGGGUUACGUGGCCGAGUUGUAAAAAUUCGAGUCGACGAAACGACGAAAACCUUCCUAUGUAUCGAAACCGCCACCACAAAAAACUGGACCAAUUGGAAUUGCUAAUAUCGCGAGAAAAAGAAAAAAAAAAAAAAAAAAAAAAAAAAAAAAUUUGAGAAGCCCGCAAGAUACUUGUAGCUGUGUCCGAUGGAAACAAAUGUACGAGUACGUAUGAUUUGAAAAGAUUGAUACCCAAUUCACCAAUGUUGCUGACUCAGAGGGAAAUUUUUUUAUCCACAAAUAUGUACAUACGUAUAUUUUUUUAAUGCUUUUCUUUGUUUCUCUUUUACGUAGAGACAAGAUGUAUCGUUUGUAAUAACGUUUCGUCGUGUAAGCUUCUUUUAUAAAUUUUCAUUCUCGCCUCGGGCGAGACGAUGACGUCGGAAUUUUUGUCCAAUGUACAAUGAUUUUCAUCGAGCGAUUCGUUCCUCAGCGUGCCCGUUUGUCUUCUUCAACAGUUAGCGAUAUUCCUUGUUCAUUGUACAAUUGUUGACAGUUAUUUUUAUAUUGGCCAUAUACAGCAUACAGAUAUUCUUGUUAAAUUAUACACAGAUAUUUGCAUUGUUACACCACAAAAAAUAAUAAUAAUAACAAUAACAAUAAUAAUUAUAAUAAUGGUAAUGAUAAUGAUAAUGAUGAUGAUAAUAAUAAUGAUGAUAAUAUUAACAAGAAACUGCUUAAAAUAUUAAGUCAAUGCACUUAAGAAGGAUUAAUUCACAGAAGAAUUAAAUAUUUAAAAACACUUAUUUCGAAUCCUCGUUAAAAAGAUAGCGCAAACGUGCUAUCUUUAAUUUCUCAAUGACUGAUGUAAUAUUUUCCGUUUGUGAUGAAUAAUAUCAAAACAUUAAAAAUUUAAAAUAUGCGGUUUAUUGGGAAUAAAUCAUGAUAUAUUAGAUUUUGAAAAUAUCAAAGAAAAACUGUUCGCUACCGAAAUGAUAGCACACUUUGUUAAUAUGUUUAGAAAUUGCUUAGUAUUCCAUCAUAAAUCCAUCAAUAAAUAAAGAUUGCAGUAUGUAUAAUAUUAUUUAAAAUUUAUAACAUAUAUAGAACGUGUAAAAAAUUAAACGACUCUGAAAAAAAAAACAGAUUUUAAAAUUAAAAUAGUUAUCAGUAUCAAAAAUAUCAAUAAUAAUAAAAACAAGUCAAUAAAAUAUAUAUUUUCUUAAAAAAUGUUUUAAAUUAUGGCAAAAAGAAAAAUAUGAUCGAUCAGCCAUUAUCUUUAUCCAAUCAUGAUAAGCGAACAAUUUUUUCGUAUAGCUUUCAAUUCGUUGUUGACAAGCACGAAGCAAAUAAUGGAAAAAUGCGGUAUUAAAAUUUGUUUUAAAUAUUCGUCGAAAUAUUCUAUAAUCAUGCAAAAAUAUUAAGAGACUAAAAGUAAAAAAGAAAUCUACGUUAACGACGAAGCACAAAACAGAACGUAUAACGUCUUAUUAUAUUUUGUAAAAAAAAAAGUGCAUUUGAAGAAAAAAUGGAAAAGAAUAGAAUUCUAAGAUUUUAAAAAAAAUUUAAUAGUUCUGGAUUUCGAUGUUAUUUUCAUAUCGUAAAGAAAAUGAAAAGAGAUUGCAUUAUUUACAAUGUGACGACAAAUAGAAGGAAGCAAUGUAAUGAUAUCGGUUAUUUCGAUGAGACAAAUAUCAAAUUUAAUUAAUGGAAGAAUGAAUGAGUGUCCAAUACAAAUCAGAACCCAUUUCUUCAAACCUAAUUAUAUUUUUUAACGAGAUAAUGUGGUUAUACGUACAUCAAGAUUGAUCCAAUUUUAAUGAAAAUAAUAUAUCCGUUUUACGAUAGCUUGUACGUUUUUCUGAUCUUAAUUAUUAUUGAAAAUUGCUGAUUAUUUGUUCGUAGUUUAUACAAGAAUAGUAAACAGUAUACGAAUUAAAAAACAUUAUUGUUUAUGAAUAUGGGAUAUUUUUAAAUUUACAUUUGUAAUUUAUAUACAAAAUCUUUAUCAAUCAAAUCGUAUGAUAAAAAUGACAGAAUAGAGGACAAGAAGGAAUAGAUACAUUAUUAAAUAAGUUUAUAUUGUUGUGCUAUCAUUUUGUACUUAAAAUAAAACGAUCUCUUUUGUUAUACGCUAAGCUAUAUGAUAUUUCCAACCAAUUGUAUAUUUCGAACUCUUAAUAUUUUGAUAUUAUUCGUGAAAAUAUUACACGCGUCAUUGAGAGAUUAAAAAUAAUACAUGUGGCCUAUCUUUUUGGUGAGGAAAUGUAUUUAAAAGUUUAUAUUUAAAUUUCUUUUAUUGUAUUUCAUGAUGUUCAUUUAUUAAAAGAAUCGAAUUAUUAUAAAAAAAAAUGCACUUUGCACAAUAACGAUUCUAUUUGCAUAGCACGAAACUCCCAUCACUUUUACAAAGUAUAUAAUAUUUAUAAAAAUAUCGACUGAU